CACCCUUUGAACUCUGAUUUUCCUAUAAUUCUAUUCUUUUGAGUAUCAGUGAAUACUGAAUGAUGGACCACCGUUUUUCAAUCCUCCAGCAUCGUCAAGUACACACUCUGACACUCUGACAUUAAAACUGGUGUCAAGGGUAUUUGUAUUCUCACACCUGGAGACUUCAACUGCAGUUCCCGUUUCAGAGCUGAGGCAGCAUGAGCCACUUGCAGAACUUACUGUUAGAUACCCUCCUGGGAACAAAACAUGUGGACAGUGCAGCCCUCAUCAAACUCCAGGAGAGGAGCCUGUGUGUCACAUCACCAGGAUUUAGUGUAAUGCCAAGUGAUGUUCGAACACUUGUGCAAGGAUUUGCCAAAAACCCUUUGCUAACUCGAAGGGAAGGACUAUAUUUCCAGGAAAAGGAUUACAAAUGUGUUCGGGCAGAUGACUAUUCUCUUUAUGCUAAAAAUGAGAACACUGGUGUGAUUGUUGUGAAGACCCAUCUGUAUCUUCUGGUGACCACUUACACUGCAGGCAUGUAUCCUAGUGUCUGUGUGGAAGCCACAGAGAAGCUGGUAUGCUCCACCCCUAGGAAACAGCAGCAGUUUGGAUCUAGAGGCCUCAGGACACAUGGCAGAGCUGGAGCCUGACUGACUGCAGAGAAAAAACACUGGGAGCCUGGAGGCCCAGCCAUGGCUCUACUGCCAGACAAGGACAAGGAUCCAUAUGCUGCAAUCUCUGAAGGGUGUCUUCAUGUGAAUCCCAGAGAGACUGACCCUGACCCAGUCUCUGGUCUUCCCUGAGGGGCUCCUCAUGUGCAUCCCAGAGAGACUGACCCUGACCCAGGCUCUGGUCUUCCCUGAGGCCUAGCUCACCACCUUCCAGUUACUGCACUGUGUGGAUAUGGAGGUUCCAACCCUCCUAACAGCCCUGCCACCUAAAAUCAAUUGCUGAUCCCAACCCAGGCAUCCAGUGGUCCAAAUCUCCCCUCUGAGUCCUCCACCAACAACCCUGGUUUGUAAUCCCGGAGCUGUUCCAGUCCUGUCUCAUGGAGAUAGCUAUGACAGCAUUUAUGGUCAAUGUGAGUCAGGUCAGCACCAAGGUUCAACUGUUUGUCCCCAUCUGCACAGAGGAUAUCUUUCAGUUCAGGUCUUCCAUGGGCAGUGAAGAGUCACUAUUCUUCCACAAAAGGGAUCACAGAACUGGAGAUGUAGCUCAGUGGUAGAGUGCGUGCCUCACAUGCACAAGGUCCUGGGUUCAUCCUCAAUACUGGAAAAGAAAGGGAAGAGAAGGGUGCUUCCUAAAGUUGCCCAGUUUGAAAUUCAAUUAAGAAGGAGCUUCUGAUUGUCCUACAAUUGUUGAAACAGAUCUCUGAGACACAAGAAAGCAGAGACAGAAUCAAUAAAAUUGGAUCUUUCUGAGAGUUCUUGCUAAGAAGGGCUUUAGACCUCAGAAAAUCCCUUAAAUAUGAACCAUCUUCAAAUAAUGUUAAAUCAGAAAAUACAGAGUUUAAACCAUCUCAGGGUUCUGUUGUAUAUAGUUAGGAAGGGGAGAUCACUAAAGUUCUCAAGUGCUCAACAGGAACUGAAAAGACUGAGAUUU